ACAUUAUUUGAAAUUGCAGGAAUCUGAAAUAUGCAAAAAAAAAUGUUAAAUAACGGUGCGUGGGUCAAACAAAAUCUAUAACAGUAUGCGUUUGAGUGUGUUUGUAUUGAAUCCGAGAUGAGAUCCAAAAUCCAAAUACAAAUUGUUAUUACGUGACCUCAAGAGAACGCCGCUAAAAUUCAAUCAGCAAAAAUCGUGGCAAAAUCAGUUUUCCGAUUAAAAAGCUUUUGCUGUGCUGCCAAUGUAACAGUCUAAGUAUUUAAUGUGCGUGACUUAAGAUGUAAAAGUGAUUAAGUCAAAAGGCAAAUAGUACAAUAACAACAAUAGAAUCGUAGUUCCGUUGUUACUGCCCCCAGACCGAUUUGUAUUAACAAUUAAAAUAAACUGACAACGACAAGAAAAUGUCUGGGGGACGCGACAGCAGUGCCAGCGCUAUCAGUGGUACCAACGGAAAUAGCGCAGCCACCAAUAGCAGUUCAACAGCAACGACAACAACACCACAAACUCCGACACAGCGAGCGCGUGGGCGUCCCGCCAAGCGGGCAACCUGCACAUGGUGUGGAGAGGGUAAGUUGGCGCUGCAGUACGUCCUGCCCACACAAACCGGUAAGAAGGAGUUUUGCUCAGAGACGUGCAUCGCUGAGUUUCGCAAGGCAUACAGCAAGGGGGCGUGUACACAGUGCGAUAACGUUAUACGCGAGGGCGCACCCAACAAGGAGUUUUGCUCUAUGAUGUGCAUGAACAAGCACCAAAAGAAGAACGGUUCGACGAGACACCAUGCCGGCGGCGCUGGCGCUGCUGGUGUUUUAGAUAGUGAUCGUAAAUCAAUAAGCAGCGGAGCGCCAGCACCGACAGGACCCUUUCAAUAUGAGAGCUUCCACGUCUUUGAUUGGGAUGCUUACCUUGAGGAAACCGGCAGCGAGGCCGCUCCCGCCGAGUGUUUUAAGCAGGCGCUCAAUCCGCCUACUAAUGACUUUAAGAUUGGCAUGAAACUUGAGGCUCUGGAUCCACGUAACGUCACUUCCACCUGCAUUGCCACCGUGGUGGGUGUAUUGGGCUCUAGGCUGCGCCUGCGACUCGAUGGCAGUGACUCUCAGAACGACUUUUGGCGUCUGGUCGACUCAACGGAGAUCCAUGCCAUUGGGCACUGUGAGAAAAAUGGGGGCAUGUUGCAACCUCCUCUCGGCUUUCGUAUGAAUGCGUCCAGCUGGCCGGGAUAUCUCUGUAAAAUACUUAACAAUGCAAUGGUUGCACCAGAGGACAUUUUCCAGCCAGAGCCGUCAACACCUAUGGACAAUCUGUUCAAAGUAGGCCAAAAGCUGGAAGCUGUAGACAAGAAGAAUCCGCAGCUGAUUUGUUGCGCCACAGUAGAUGCCAUUAAAGACGACCAAAUCCAUGUCACAUUUGACGGCUGGCGCGGUGCCUUCGACUAUUGGUGCAAUUAUCGCUCACGAGACAUCUUUCCCGCUGGCUGGUGUGCCCGUAGCUGCCAUCCCAUGCAGCCACCAGGUCACAAAUCGCGUAUGGAUUCCAGCUCCGGAAAGCAGCGUUGCCCACGUCCUCGCUACACAGUCAUUGCCGAGUCUGACGCCAUGGUACCGGCAUCGCCUGUUACGGCGCAUUUUCACCCAAACUGCAAGGGUGGCCCUUUUAUCAGCAGCUCUAAGUUGCCUUCAAUGGUAACAGGUCCCACUCACCAGACGCUUGCUAAACUUUGCCUGCAGGAAGUGCUGGCUGCUAGCACUGACACACAACAGUUAUCCAAGCUGCUAUUCUCGUUGGAAGGCGAUGUACAUAUUGUAACAGCAGCCGGAAAAAACUUUACGGUAAAAAUUCCAUCACCGCUGCGCAUGAAGGAUGAUGACAGCUUGGCUCAGUUCAUUGAGACUUUAUGCACCACAUGCAGGGCAUGUGCUAAUCUCAUCUCACUUGUACCGGAUACCGAAGAAUGCAAAAAGUGCGCAAACAGUCGCAAGCGACAGCUGGCACAAACAGCAACACCCCCCUCCUCCCCAGUGCUAGCCGAUAAGCGUGGCCGCCAGUCCAAAUCGACCACACCCACGCCUAUAGCUACAACCACUUCACCUAUUGACAAACCUGUAAUUGUCAAGGAGGAACUAGACGUUAAGGCGCAACAGCCACAGUCAUCAUCGAAAUCGCUAGCCAGUAAAGAGUCACUAAACCACAACAGCCACAGCAGUAGCAAUAGCAAGAAAAGUAAUUGUAAUAACAAUGGAAGCAUUACAAAACUGAGCAUUAAGACGGAACCUAAUGGCAUGACCUUUACCGCAACAUCGAUGGGACCGACCUCAUCGUCUCAAAGUCAAACACAAGCGUUGCGCAAAGUAAGAUUCGUGCAUCACAGCACGAUAAACAACAAACAAAAUAAUAAUGGCAAAUCGAACCAGGAGACAAACAGCAGCAGUUCGACAACGCCACCGACUAACAGCUGUAACUCCAGUAGCAGUCUAGCCGGCGGCACGGCCAGUGCAAGCUCUAUUGGUAAAUAUUUGGCUCCGUUAGUGGCUGAAGUGCAUCCGGAGCAAUUGACAUCCAAGUUGCAGAGCAACUACUACAAAUCGCCAACGACCUUAUCCUCAAGCGCAUCGUUUCCUUCGUCAGUGUCCACGCCAUUCACAGCCUCCCAGUCAGCUUGUUCGGCAGCACCUGCUGCGAGUGCAGCCAAGGCAGCUACAGCGCCAGUUGCAGCAGCUGUAUCUAGCAGUUAUGCGAGCAUGGCUAUCACCUCUCCAUUGAAUACACCAACAGCAUCUGCAGCCUUAUCACAUUUGCGGGCGCAGCCAGUCGAUUGGACCAUUGAGGAGGUUAUCCAGUACAUCGAAACCAAUGAUAACACUUUGGCCGUACAUGGCGAUCUCUUCAGGAAGCAUGAAAUUGAUGGCAAAGCAUUGCUUCUACUCAACUCAGAGAUGAUGAUGAAGUAUAUGGGCCUAAAAUUGGGACCAGCCUUAAAAAUUUGCAAUCUAGUAAAUAAGGUGAACGGACGACGUAAUAAUCUGGCAUUGUAAAUGGAUACAACGACCAAAUGCUCUACCCAGCCUGAGCCUGCGCAGAAGUGUUAUCAAAUGAGUACCUCCUGUAAAAAUAACAAUAAUCAAACAAUAGAAGAAAAGAAAUAUGAAGAGAAGACAAAAAAUGAGAAUGGGUUCGUGUGGUCGACCUAUUGAUAAAGUUGAGACACAUCCCAGCAACAAUUUAAAUACUUUUAAUUUAACUAUAACAUUCUAAUGCGAAUAAUGUUAAACAUGCGCUAUAAACUAACAAUUUAAUGAAUCCCAAGAAAACGUUGAUCAACAACACACAAUUCCAUAUUCAAAUUGUCAGUCUUUCAUAUACAAAACAAACACAUUAUCUACAAAAUGCAUCAGAAUAAUAUUUAUUCGAUUUAUCUAUGUAAAAACUCAUACACAUCCACACAAAAACACUUUACGCACAUAAGAUACGAAACUUUAUAGAGCAAAAGAUCAAUAAGUAAAAUUUCAAAAGCAAAUAUCUAUGGAAGACAAAAAAAACACUUGCAAAUAUUGUACAUAAAUUUAC